CGUGCCGUCAAUAAACUAAAUUAGUCGACGUAUACAAGACCAGACGAGUGUGUGUAUUUUUACAUCCGCUAGAAUGGAGCAGCGCGAGAAGUCAUGGAAGACAAUAUUGAUCGACGUGUUGGAAACAAACCGUGGUCUCGUGAUCCUGUUUUUCUGCCUGCCGGCUAGUUUCAUCUUCAAUCUGGGCCUACAAAUACAGAAAUGUUUCUACCGGAUGUUCCUCGCCAGUCCAAAACGGCACGACGAACGCGUACGGGAUAUUCAAAGGCAAGUUCAGCUCUGGAACAAGUUACCAACGGAAUCAAGAAAGAAUCUUUGUACAUCACGCCCGAACUGGUUGAGUUUAUCAACGAAAUUCUUCAAGAAAACGGAAUGUCAUCAAAUCGACGUGAAUCUGUUCGACAUUUUGGAAUUAGACGAGAAGAAUAUGACUGUGAGAGUGGAACCCAUGGUCACCGUCGGCGAUAUUACAAGGUAUUUAAUCCCCAAAGGUUAUACUCUGGCCGUGACCCUGGAGAUAGCUGAUGCUACCUUAGGUGGCUUGGCAAUGGGUACCGGAAUGACAACACAUUCGCAUCGAGUUGGUCUUUAUCAUGAAAUGAUUGAGUCCUAUGAAGUUGUGCUUGGUGAUGGAUCAUUCGUCAAGGCUGAUUUGAACGACAAUGCAGAUCUCUACAAAUGUCUGCCGUAUUCGCAUGGUAGUUUAGGUUUUCUGGUUGCUUUAACAUUGAAGAUCAUCCCUGUUAAACCCUACAUUCACAUGAAAUACAUCCCAGUUGAAGGAAUGAAAGAGUAUUGUGAUAAAAUUCGAGAAUUAUCACUCACAGACGUUGAUUAUCUUGAGGCAACUAUUUAUGAUAAAGACAGAGCUGUUAUUAUGGUUGGAAACUUUUCUGAUUAUGAUUCUACACUCAACGUAAAUCAACUUACAGCAUGGUACAAACCCUGGUUCUACAAAUACGCUGAAUCUUUUCUUACUAAAGGACCUUAUACUGAACUUAUUCCGAUGAGAGAGUAUUUAUUACGACAUAACCGUGCGAUUUUCUGGGUUGUUGAGAGUAUGAUUCCGUUCGGUAACAACCCACUAUUCCGUUUGUUGUUCGGAUGGUUACUGCCACCUAAACCUGCGUUCUUAAAAUUCACAACUACGCCUGGAGUCAGAGCCUACACGUUCACUAAACAAGUAUUCCAAGAUAUCGUCCUGCCAAUUAACAAAUUAGAAGAUCAAAUUAAUAUUUCUGAGGAACUGUUUGAUUGCUAUCCGUUGUUGGUGUAUCCGUGCAGAGUCUACGAUCAUGGCGAACAUUGGGGACAAUUGAAACGACCUACAGAUUUAGUACCAGGAGAGAAGUUUGCUAUGUACAAUGAUUUAGGUAUUUAUGGUGUGCCUGGUCAUGUUGUUAAGAAAAAAGAGUAUAAACCUGUUGAAGCUAUGAGAACUAUGGAGAAGUUUACGCGAGAUGUUGGUGGAUUUUCAUUUUUGUACGCGGAUAUCUUUAUGACCAGAGAAGAAUUGGAAGAGAUGUUUGAUUUAACUUUGUAUGAAGUUGUCAGGAAGAAGUAUUACGCUGCCGAUGCAUUCCCGCAUUUGUAUGAUAAAGUUAAGCCUGAGAUCGAUGUAUUAAAUAUGGGUUAACUUAUUGUUUACUAUAAAAUAAACAUUUUAACUAUU